ACCUAAGAUUUCCUGAAUUCGAAGAUAAGUCACGAGGCAAAGGAUCUUAUAUGUCGAUUGCUUUGUGAUGUUGAGCACAGGUUGGGUACUGGAGGGGCAAAUCAAUAAAAGCUCAUCCUUGGUUCAAAGACAUCGAGUGGGAUACGCUCUAUGAGAUGGAGGCUGCAUUUAAACCCGAAGUGAAUGGGGAGUUAGAUACUCAAAAUUUUAUGAAGUGUGAUGAACAGUUGGAUCCUCCAGCAUCAGCAAGAACUGGCUCGGGAUCCUCACGGAAGAUGUUUUUAACUCCCAAAGAUUUGAGUGUUGUUGGCUAUACAUACAAGAACUUCGAUGCCGUCAAAGGGCUACACCAUUUCGUUGACUUCAACAAUCCAUCAACGGAGCAGCCAUCCGUCGAUGCUAUAUACAGUAGUGGACGGCCUGCAGGUGAUUUGGGGGUAGGUUAUCCUACUAAGUGGUCAGCCGAGGAGACGGUAUGCAGAUGCUUGCUGCAGGUGAUCCCAUGUUGCCAUAAAGUAACCUUCCAAGACCUGCAGUUCUUGUGGAGUGGCUGCAUCCGAUUACUGGAAUCACCAUGUAUAUUAAAAAAGGUCUCGAAAACCAGUUUCCCAGUCGACUGGUGGGACAAGGGAAACUCUUGUUUCCUUUUUUUCCCGGCCGAAAGGGCUGUGUGGGAAGUUUAGAUGAGAGUUUGUGGAUGCACUGGCUGCCCAGGUUGGCUUGUGUUAAAAUUUGCCUUCACUAGUGGCAGUUUCUGCUCUAAAUUUUCAAUUGGUAGCACAGUUCUUUGAGAAACUCCAUAGCCAUAGUGUUGUGAGUAAAAC